AUGAGCAUGGCGGCGCCGUCGUCCUCCCUCGCCUCUUCCUCCCACCUCUCCCGCCGCGCCACCGCCACCGCCACCGCCACCGCCACCGCCACGGCCGCGGCCCAGUCGCACUCGCCUCCGCUGCCGCAGCAGCUCCGCCUCGGGUGCUUCCAGCGCGGCGCUCGCGCACAGAGCGUUCGGCUCCGGUACAGCUGGGCCUGCAGGGCGGUAUCGAAGAGGCGCACGCCAGGUGUUUGCUUCGUGGUCUCACCAAGCCAGCCAGGUCUUGCUGCGAUCGACGUACCGGCGGCAACCAUUCCGAAUGCGACGACCGUCCCCGACCGUACUUCGGUGUCCUCGCUUUUGGAGGUUGUUUCGGACGACUUGCUGAAACUAAACAACAAUCUAAAAUCGCUUGUUGGUGCAGAAAAUCCUGUUUUGGUUUCUGCGGUUGAACAAAUUUUUGGUGCCGGUGGAAAGAGAUUAAGACCAGCAUUAGUUUUUCUGGUGUCUAGAGCAACUGCUAAGUUAGCUGGUUUGUCGGAGCUAACUACAGAACACCAACGAUUGGCAGAGAUUAUAGAGAUGAUUCACACCGCAAGUUUAAUACAUGAUGAUGUCAUAGAUGAUAGUGGGAUGCGAAGAGAUGCAUUUGCCUCUACUGAUUCUUAUCAUCCAAAUACUUCCAAUGUCAUCAAGGACUUCGCAAGUGGUGAGAUAAAACAAGCAUCCACUCUUUUUGACUGUGACAUCACUCUUGAUGAUUACCUUCUCAAGAGCUACUACAAAACUGCAUCUCUGAUCGCAGCAAGCACAAGGUCAGCCGCCAUAUUCAGUGGCAUCAGCACGACUAUUUGUGAACAAAUGUAUGAAUAUGGCAGGAAUCUUGGGCUGUCCUUCCAGGUAGUUGAUGACAUCCUGGACUUUACCCAAUCAGCUGAGCAACUUGGCAAACCAGCAGGAAGUGACUUGGCGAAGGGAAACCUGACAGCUCCAGUCAUCUUUGCUUUGCAAGAUGAACCAGAGCUAAGAGAGAUCAUCGAUUCCGAGUUCAGUGAGACUGAUUCGUUAGCUGCUGCGAUAGAGCUUGUUCACAGGAGCGGUGGAAUAAGGAGGGCACAUGAGCUUGCGAGAGAGAAGGGUGACUUGGCUAUCCAAAACCUGCAGUGCCUUCCGAGAAGUGAUUUCAAAAGUACCCUUGAGAGUAUGGUAAAAUAUAACCUUGAAAGGAUUGAGUAG